AUGAGCGGUCUCAUGUCACUGGCCAAUGGCAUGGUAGACACGGUCAAGGGGAUGCUUGACAACUACACGCUCGUCAUAGACGGAGCCCAUUCAACAGGCCUCAUGUGCCUCAUGGGGCCUCAUGGUUCUGGAUACACUCGUCCCUUGGGACCCGAAAACGAGUACCUGAUCCAGGUGCAGGCGAAUUCCAAAGGGCUGGUGCCAGCGGAGACGCAGCAGUCCUCACGGCUGUUUGCAGCCCAGAUACCAACCUCGAGACCGGAUAAGGCUCUUCCACAACCUCGCAUCGCAACACGCGGACUGGGACUCUAUGCGAGGAGCCGGCGUGCUGAGGCUACCAACUCUCUGCUCAUCGAAUCCGCUUCAGAAACACAUUCCUGUCAUCCCGUUGAUGAUGGCCGCUGGGCUGUCAACAUCGCUCAAUAA